AUGCCGGUGAACCGGAUGAAACAGCGGCGCUGGGGGCUCUCGGGGCUGCAGUUGGGUAACUCCCGUCCGUCGUCGUCACAGCGGCCGGCUAACACUGCAGGGCCCCUUGUUCGGAGCAAGAACAACUGCUUCUGCGAGGAAGAGGAAGAUCUCCUAAUUAAGCUGCACACUUUGCUUGGGAACCGUUGGUCACUCAUUGCUGGUAGGUUACCAGGAAGGACAGCCAAAGAGGUCGAAAGCUACUGGAACAGGCGGAUGAGGAGCAAGCUAAAGUGCACCGGCCUAGAUCCUGAAAAGCAUCGUACAACUACAUUUCACUUGCUACCUGAUGAUGAUCAGCAGUGGCGUCGGCGUCGGCGUCCGCGGAACGCAUGCAAAGUGGGACUCCCUGAUGCCAAGGCCAAGCAUCCCGACCGUCCUCCUCCCUUCAACGGCAAGGUUGAAGAAGAGGUUGUUGCCGACGACGACUGUGUCUCCGACGCAGGCAGCGCCUGCUGA